AUGACCCACUCGUGCUGCUCCCCUUGCUGCCAGCCUACAUGCUGCAGGACCAGCUGCUGCAGGACCACCUGCUGCCAGCCCACAUGCUGUGGGUCCAGCUGCUGCCAGCCUUGCUGCUGCUCAACUUGCCGUCAUACCACCUGCUGCAGGACCAGCUGCUGCAGGACCAGCUGCUGUGGGUCCAGCGGCUGUGCACAAAACUGCUGUGUCCCCUCCUGCUGCCAGCCUACGUGCUGCAGGACCACCUGCUGCCGGACCACAUGCUGCCAGACAACAUGUGUGACUUCCUGCUGCCAGACCACAUGCUGUGGGUCCAGCGGCUGUGGACAAAUUUGCAGUGGGUCUACCUGCUGCCAGUCAUGCUACCACCCAGCUUGCUACCACACCACCUGCUGUAGAACCACCUGCUGCCACCCUUGCUGUGUGUCCAGCUGCUGCCAUCCUUCCUGCUGCUGA